AGCAUUAAAACAACAUCGAGUUUCACAACAGCAGCUUUUGAUUUAGUAACGGGAGUUUAAACAAAGUUGGUUUCUUUUAGUCGAGCAAAAGGCUUCAAGCAUAAAAAUAUAAGAAUACAUUCGUUAAAAAUGAGCUACGCUGUGUUCUCGUAUGAGGCUUUGGUCCAUGCUGUUUCGGGAGCCCUGGGCAGUGUGACCGCCAUGACGGUGUUCUUCCCUCUCGACACGGCCAGGCUGAGGCUCCAAGUGGACGAACACAGGAAGGCCAAAUCUACUCCGGCCAUUCUGGCAGAAAUUAUCAAAGAGGAAGGAGUAUCCGCCCUGUACAGAGGCUGGUUCCCCGUCAUCUGCAGCCUGUGCUGCUCCAACUUUGUUUACUUCUACUGCUUCCACAGCCUCAAGGCCAGCUCGCUGAAGGGGAAACGGUCGGCACCCAGCACUGACUUAAUCAUAGGCAUUGCUGCAGGUGUUGUAAACGUCCUGCUCACCACUCCGCUGUGGGUGGUCAACACCAGACUGAAGCUUCAGGGUUCCAAGUUUCGCAAUGCAGAUAUAAGGCCCACCAACUAUUCUGGCAUUCUGGAUGCAUUUGCUCAGAUCAUCCGCGAUGAGGGUGCGGGGGCCCUGUGGAACGGGACCUUCCCGUCCCUGCUGCUGGUGCUGAACCCGGCCAUCCAGUUCAUGAUUUAUGAAGGCCUGAAGAGGCAUCUGAGGAGAAGAGUUCCCAGGGAGCUGUCAUCUGCCGAGGUCUUCAUCAUCGGCGCGGUUGCCAAAGCGGUUGCCACCGUCGUUACGUACCCGCUGCAGACGGUGCAGUCCAUUCUCAGGUUCGGUCAGUUCAGUGAGUCAACGAACGAGCCCAAACUACUGUCCAGCAUUAGAGCGGUCAAGUGUCUACUGGUCAACAGAGUCAGGAAAUACGGCAUAUUGGGUCUGUUCAAAGGCCUGGAGGCCAAGCUGCUGCAGACGGUGCUGACUGCUGCGCUCAUGUUCCUCCUCUACGAGAACAUUGCCAGCUGCACCUUCAGAGUCAUGGGACUGAGCAGCAAGUACCACAAGAGACGCUAGAAUCACAACCACGGACAUCUGAGACAUUAAAGCACUGACGGUCGUGAUCACUGCUCAGAGCCCAUGAUGGGGACUUUA